UCAAGCUAACAAACAUUGCUCGGAAAAAGAUGGAGGAUUUGGAGAAAAAGUUGUACAAUGCUGCAGUGAAGGGCAGCACCGAGUCUCUCCAAGAAUUGCUCAGGCAAGAUCCAAUCAUCCUGGAAAGAGCUGUGGCCAACAGUUUCUCGGAGACGCCUCUGCACGUGGCAGCAAUGUUAGGCCACUCGGAUUUUGUGAGGGAGAUCGUUAGGAUCAAUCCGCGGCUGACAAAUGAGUUGAAUUCAAUGCAAUCGACUCCUCUUCAUCUGGCUUCGGCUAAAGGUCAUGUGGAGGUAGUGAGGAUUCUGAUUUAUGUCGAUCCUCAGACAUGUCUGGCUCGAGACAGAAACCAGAUGACAGCCCUGCAUCUAGCAGCACUUAAAGGCAGGAUUGAAGUUGUUAAGGUUUUACUCGGGGAAAAGCCCGAUGCAGCGCAGCUUUCAGUGCAUAAAGGUGAGAAUAUCUUACAUAUGUGUGUCAAACACCAUCAGCUCGAGGCUCUGAAGCUCCUGCUCGACAAAGUUUCCGAUCAAGAGUUAGUUAAUGCUAAAGACAGCGAUGGCAACACUCUCCUGCAUUUAGCUGUGGAGCAUAAGCAGGUCGAGACUGUCGAGUUCUUGCUUUCCGCGCCUGAGCUCGACGUGAAUGCAAAGAAUCUAAACCGAAUGACGGCUUUAGAUAUUCUAAUUCAAAGCAGAAGUGAUCUAAGGGAUGCAGAGAUUCUAGAAUCUCUUAAACAGGCUAAUGUGGAUGGAGUACACGACUAUAAUAAAGGAUCGCGAUUUCAGCAAGACUCGGUGAGGAACAAUCACAAAUUAUCAUUCCAAACCAAUCUGAGGAACAAGGGAAAACAUCAAGAAUAUUGGUUAGAGGAAAAGCGCAGCGCGUUGAUGAUUGUAGCUUCACUAAUCGCAACCGUGGCCUUCCAAGUUGGAGUUAAUCCUCCAGGUGGCCUAUGGCAAGACGACAGCAAACCAGGCGAUCCACAUGCUCAUGAGGCAGGCUACUCAAUACUUGCUCGGAAUUACCCAGUAGAGUAUGUAGGAUUUUACAUCUACAACACAAUAAGCUUCAUCUCAUCUCUCAGCAUCAUAUUGCUUCUGAUCAGUGGUUUGCCGGUGAGGCGCAAGAUUUUUGUGUGGAUUCUAAUGGUGGUCACUUGGGCUGCAAUCACAGCUACGGCACUGACUUAUAGCUUGAUUAUAUCAUUAUUGACACCCGUCGAGCGAGGCAAAAGUAUGGAGAAUGUCAUUGGAAUAACAAUAUUUGUGUGGAUUGGGUUGAUGGCACUCCUCCUCAUUGUCCACACGAUACGCUUGAUCGUGAAGAUAGUAAAAAAGCUGAGAAAGGGACGGUGUGGGAGGCGAAGGAUGGCUUCAGCUACCACGGUUGGUCGCGUUUAGAAAUUAAACUAUGCUCAAUAUGUGAGGUUUGUGUCAAGUGAUAAUAAAUGAAUUGAGCUUCAGUGGCUUAAUGUGAUAUAUGCAAACGUAUCUAUGUGACCUUUC